AUGGCAAUUGGAACAAGUUUCGUCAUUACCAAAAAGGGUCUAUUACAUGCUUCCGAACGACAUGGUUUCGAAGGCGAAGGAUUUUCAUACCUGAAAAGUCCCAUUUGGUGGGGAGGUGUUGUCACACUCGCCAUCGGAGAAAUCGCCAACUUCGCCGCCUAUGCCUUUGCGCCCGCAAUUCUCGUGACACCUCUCGGUGCGCUGAGUGUUCUGAUCGGCGCGGUUCUAGGUUCCUAUUUCCUGAACGAACGAUUGGGGACGUUGGGUAAAUUGGGCUGUGCGAUGUGCCUUCUGGGCUCCGUCGUUAUUGUUCUUCAUGCGCCCCCUGAUAAGCCCGUUGAAACGAUCGAUGAGAUUCUUGGAUAUGCAGUGAAGUUUCCUUUCCUCCUAUACUGCCUCGCAGUGGCCAUCUUCUCCACAGUUAUGAUCUAUCGAGUCGCCCCGGUACACGGAAAGAAGAACCCCCCUCAUUUUCAUCUCAAUUUGCUCUACUCCUUCGGUAUCGCAGUUAAGUUGACUAUUGGCGGUAACAACCAAUUCGUGCACGCCUCUACCUAUGUUUUCGCCAUCGUUACCGGCUUCUGCAUUCUCACUCAGAUGAACUAUUUCAACAAGGCAUUGAACUCAUUCUCGACUUCCAUUGUGAACCCUCUCUACUAUGUCACAUUUACGACCGCCACGCUCUGCGCUUCGUUCAUCCUUUUCCAGGGAUUCAAUACCACAGAUGCAGUGAACACCAUUUCCUUGCUAUGCGGAUUCUUGAUUAUCUUCACUGGAGUAUAUCUACUCAACCUAUCACGACACGAUCCCGAUGGACGCAACUUGUCCAACUCCAAGCUUGAUGACGAGGGAGUGCCCACGGAUGGUAUCGCAAGCUUCCAAACUCGACGAUCCAUGCAAUCUCGUCGCAGUUCCUCGAGUAUCGCCUUCCUCAACGGCAACGGUGACCGCGAGGGACUAAUUCACUCCUAUGAUAUUGAGAACCAUGCAGGCAUCGGGCUGGAGGAUUUGGCAGAGGACUCCGAUGACGGUGAACCGGGCCCGACUAUCUCACCCGAAGAGCGUGAUCGCACCGUGAAACAUACCAGGCAUAAUAGCCAGAUCUGA